AUGGAGCAAGAAAGAGACGAAAAGUUGGCUGAUUUGGUGAUGAAAGACAAGAAGCAAGGAAAGAAGCUUCCUCGAGCCGAAGACGCUGAACAAAAGAUAAAGAAUCUUCCUGAUCAUUUUGAGCCAGAACUUCCGGGUGACAAAGAUCGAGAAGAGAAUGUACUCGGUGGAACAAAAAAAUCGUUUGGACUUGAUAACGACGAUCGUCAGCAU